CACUAGCAACCUGACGUCCGUGGUUUCUCCUACGACUACACACGGACUGCAGGUGAACAAAUUCGUGUGCAAUUUUGACAGUGGUGCUGUAAAAACUGGAGGAUCCAUUGAGAGAUCCAUCGAUAUCAUUUGAGACCCAGUUACGUAACGGGAGUAGGAGAAGAAGAGGUCCAAAAUGGGCUACGAAAAGACAGCAAAAGAACUAGAAGCUUCUCCAAACGAGAUGGAGACCUACGUGGUCCAACUUCCCAGGCCUCUGAACAUCGAAGAAAAGAAAUACCUCUUGGCAGUUGAAAGAGGUGACCUGACAAACGUUAAAAGAUUCAUCCAGUCUGCUCAUAAGGGUGACAUAAACGGCAAGUCGUUGGACAUAAAUUGCGUGGACAGUUUGGGUCGCGGCGCGCUGUCUCUAGCAAUCGACGCAGAAAACCUAGAAAUGGUGGAACUAUUAAUAGUGAUGGGCGUCGAGACGAAAGAUGCACUUCUACGAGCGAUCGAUCAGGAAUUCGUGGAAGCUGUGGAGUUGUUGCUGGAGCAUGAGGAACUUAUGACUGCUGCUUAUGAGCCGGAGGAUAAUCCUACGAAAGAGAUCACUCACAGCUGGCAGAAGAUCGAUCCAGCCUCCGCGAGGUAUCCGCCGGAAAUCACGCCGUUGAUUCUGGCCGCGCAGCGGAACAACUACGAGAUCCUCAAGUUAUUACUGGACCGCGGUGCGACUCUGCCCAUGCCGCACGAUAUCAGAUGUGGAUGUGAGGGUUGCCUGCGAUCAACCACCGGGGAUCCUCUGAGGCUAUCGUCUACCAGGAUUUCUGAAUACAAAGCACUCGCCAGUCCAAGUUUGAUAGCGCUCAGCUCGCCAGAUCCUCUGCUCACCUCUUUCCAACUGAGCUGGGAACUUCAAGAAUUGACGAUCGCUGAACCAGAGAGCAGAGCUGCAUAUCUAAAGCUACGACGGCAGGUAGAGAGAUUCGCCGUUGAUCUGCUGCAACAAGUACGAACCACCACGGAACUGCACACGAUCCUCAACUACGAUCCGGAUAGUGAGGGCAGCUUACCCCCAAAACAGCUGACCAGAUUAGAAUUGGCCAUACAAUAUAAGCAGAAAACUUUCGUGGCUCAUUCUCACGUGCAGCAGCUGUUAGCAGCGAUCUGGUACGACGGUUUACCUGGUUUUCGACGCAUGAGCACGAUGCAAAAGUGUGGAAUCCUCGCUAAAACCGCUUUAAUGUUUCCCUUUUAUUGCAUAAUGUACCUGUUGGCACCAGAAUCGAAAAGUGGCCAAUUAAUGAGGAAGCCUUUUGUGAAAUUCCUCGUUCAUGCUGCAUCAUACGUGUUCUUCUUAUUUAUCUUGAUGCUGGUUUCUCAACGAGCAGAAGUGGAGAUAGUGAAAAUAUUCGGCAGUGACGAGGCAAAAAGGAAUGUGGAAGCAGAAUUGGCCAGGCAAAGGGGUGCAGCUCCGUCACUUUUAGAGGGUGUAGUUGUUUUGUACGUUCUCGGUUACAUUUGGCAGGAAAUGAGAGAGGCUUACGUAGACGGAUUGAAAGCGUAUUUGCGCGACAUGUGGAACUUCAUUGACUUCACCAGAAACUUUCUCUACAUCGCUACUGCUAUUCUGAGAACAGCAGCAUAUCUUCAGCAAAGAUCAGAAAUUAGUCACGACCCUAUGGCAGCUCUAGUGCCAAGAGAAACGUGGAGCGAUUUCGAUCCUCAAUUAAUCGCGGAGGGUCUAUUCGCAGGUGCUAAUAUAUUCAGUGCUUUGAAACUGAUUCAUUUAUUCAGCAUUAAUCCUCAUCUGGGUCCUCUUCAGAUAUCUCUGGGCAGAAUGGUAAUAGACAUCGUAAAAUUCUUCUUCAUCUAUACACUGGUACUUUUCGCGUUCGCCUGUGGUCUGAACCAGCUGCUCUGGUAUUUCGCUGAACUGGAGAGACGAAAGUGCUACAGUGGCAUUGGAGAUCCGUCUUGGGACCCGGCCAGCGAAGUGUGCAUAAGAUGGAGAAGAUUCAGCAGUCUUUUCGAAUCUUGUCAGAGCUUAUUCUGGGCCAGUUUUGGCGGUAUUGGCAUAGAAAGCUUCGAACUCACGGGGAUCAAGUCUUAUACUCGAUUCUGGGGCCUGCUGAUGUUUGGUUCUUACUCUGUGAUUAACGUGAUCGUUCUGUUGAACCUUCUAAUUGCCAUGAUGAGCAACAGCUAUGCUGUCAUAGAGGAACGCGCGGACACCGAAUGGAAAUUCGCCAGGACGAAAUUGUGGAUGAGUUACUUCGAGGAAGGCGGCACACUUCCGCCUCCGUUCAAUAUUCUGCCGCCGCCGAAGUUGAUUUUCCGGUUGUGCGGCCUGCAGAAGAAGAAAGUCGCCAGGGAGGCGAGCGAUUGCAAACGAGCGCACGAUUACAAGUACGGGGCUGUGAUGAGGGCGUUGAUAUGGCGGUACGUCGUCAACUCUCACUCCGAGCACGAAAUGGAUCCGGUUACAGAAGAUGACGUGCACGAGCUCAAGUCAGACUUGUCCUCCUGGAGGUGUGAAUUGUUGGACAUUUUGCAGAGGAACGGGAUGGACAUCGCUGGAGCCGACACUAAGGAAAGAACAAUUUUGGGUAAGAAGAUGAGGGUCUGGGAAAGGAGGUUGAUGAAGGACUUCCAGGUAGCAGUUCCUGUUCAAGGUUCAGAGACUGAAGAACCGGAAGAGUCCCUUCAGCAACCCUCUGAAGGCGAAGAUAAUAUUACAAGGUGGAAGAGGAUCGCUAAAUUGGCUGUAUUGCGAUCUGCCAAUCAUCGAUGGAGCCAGGUAGUCGAGAGCGCUGUGAAAAGCUCGCAGAUUGGCAAGAGUACCAGCAAAGAGUCUCUUCAGAGUCAGUUAAGCUUGAAGAAAGCCAUGGAAGAAGCACAGAGAUUGAGUAAUAGGAGUUCUGUGCCACCUGUAUCGCCUGUGGACCUUCCUGAAAGCACAGCCUCGACGAUACUUCAUGUUCUUCAAGAUAUAGUCGAAACUGACGACAAUUCGCAGAGAACGAUACCUGAACCGCCAAAACUCACUGUAAUCCUAGAUCCUGAUGGACCUCCCGCUAUGUCGAAGCCCGUAACGUCGAUGGACUACGUCGACGAGAAACCCGCUAAAAUUGUACCACCAGUACCGCUUCGCACACCACGGGUCGUCAAAAGGAAGUCCUCGAACUCUUCGAAGGCGGCCUAUCAACAAUCGACUGAAACAUCAUCCACACUAUCCCCUCACUCCAUGAACACCACCACGAUUCCAUCCGGUUCUCCAAUGAGGGACAUAAACAAACCCAAUAGUGAAUCGACAUUGUCCCCUGACACAGACAGUAGAACAUUAAAAUCGCGAUUGAAACCUGCACUGAGCCCGAAGAAGAAUCUAAACAUGCCAGAGGACAAGGAGAAACUUGUAGACAUUAUGCCUAAGUCGCCAAGAGUGUCGAACAGUAGGUCACCUCGAAGAGGGGGUUGGUUGUAAAUGAUCAGAAAUAAAAUCAAAUAUAAAACACGUAGUACGUAAAUCUUAUAUUA